AUGCUAAAACGGUUGAGCAUGCGUCCAGAGCGGCAUGCGUGCCAUCGGAGCGAGUGCGCGAAUGGCAUCGUGUUAGCGUCAAAGCGCCCACUGUCAACCAAAUCGCGGAUCGCACCGCGGCCCGGCACCGCAAACGCCCCCGAACAACGGGCGAAUCUCGUUAAAAAUGUACAAACUUACCAUGAACUAAUUGGCAAAGCGGGUACCUCGCGCCUGAGACAGAAUCAAGCCGGCGAAGUUCUAAUUAAACACGCCGCCGCCGGGCCCGGCUUGUCUGCGCGAACAAAGGGCUACGCGCUCACCGCCCUCGCGCUAAGAGGCGUUUCGGUGUACGAGAAUCGCGUUAAUUACUCUUUGAGGGUG